GACGGCCCCCAUUCGCGCGGCGCCUUCGCCCCACGGCGGACGUCCGGUUACGUUCGAAAACGACACCACAUUCGAAAAGUUUCCCAACUUUUUUCCUUACAGCCCUUGAUACACAACUUUUAUCACUCAGAGAAACUGUAGUGCGGUGUUACCAGUGCUGUUUAUACGAGUGUUUUGUGAAGUGUUACCACUGUUUUUUGCGAUCGCAAUUUACCGUUUCAAUUGAACGUUACUGUUUCGUUCAAUAAAAAAGCGCGUAAGUAAAGCUAAAGCCGCGUUCAUCGUAAGAGUGGGCCGUAUAUGGUAGUUGGAUCUUUGGGUUGGCGUCUUGGUGAAAGUAUACCUUUAAGUUCAUAAGGACACGGGCGUACCUAUAGCCGCUGCAGCUAGCUCGGAGCGGCUCGUUUCGCCUACAGUUCGCGAGAGGUCGUGUCGGGUCGCCAGUUGCUAUGGCAACCGCAGUGGAAACAAACCCUUGAAGCCAGCGGCGGAUGUCGGCGGGCGGCGCGGCACUGAUGUCGUGCGUGCGAGAGGGCUCGCUUGAGCCGCCCUACCGACCGCCGCACACCGACACACAUAGCCAUGGCGAAGGCCGCACCGGGCGCUUCCUGCGCGGACUCCGGCGCAUGUUCAAGCGUCGCGGCAGCGGCGCGCGCGCAGAUGCGUCACCCGACCCCAAGAGCAGCUCCACCAGCGAGCUGCUCGAGGCUGAUCGACAUGCUAGGAGGAAAGAGGGAGCGUACGGGAGUGCUUUGUCGGUGUCGCACGACUCAGUGUUCACGGGCGAGCGCUCUGGCGACGAGUCCAGCGACGAGCGACCCACGCCCGCUGCGCUUGCGCACCAAGCCUCCUCGCAUCGGGCGGAGCUAGUGGCAGCUGUGCGGCGGCGCGGGCGCGGCGACGGCUCCGACGACGACGAAGAUCUAGGACUCCCGCGCAGCCCGCCUGCAUCCCCGCCCACCGACAAGGCUGACAAGCGGCACCAUGCAGGCAUUUCGCAGUCAUCCUGCAGCGACGGCUCGCUCCUCAGUGUCGGGUCCUCGGAGAUGGACGAGGACAGCAGCAGUGGUCACCACCACGACCACUCCAACAGGAGCGACCACUCUGACCUUUACAAUUCGUCAGAACCGCCGACGGGCGUGGCGCCGCUGUCUCACUCCGCCGCCAAGCACAAGAUGGCGGUGCGCCCGCGCAGGACGCACGGCGCGCCACGCAGGAAGAAAGCCAACCCCGUUAGUAUGAUUGCCGCUACAGCCUUGCCAAUAACUCCUGAACUGAACGAAGAAAUGAUAAGAAGCACUACUCCUGACGUCACACGCAAAACCUCAGAAGUUGUUACUGAAUCAUUCUCUUCAUCGACGACUACGAAACACGUCAUCGUUAAAGAACAGCACCAGCACUUGAAUCGAGAGCUGCAGAGAGUUCUGGAAACCCCCAACGAUACCAAACUGAAGUCAUCUUCUUUGCCGCCCGGCCUUGCCCUCAGCCAACUCGUAGGACAGUCUCCAGCGAAACUUAGCAUAGCAGAGAACAACACGCCAAGAUCCUCAAUCAAACGAAGCAAAUCCAGCACUCAAGACCAAUCUCUCAGGGACUCGCCAAAAGUACACGCCAGAGAAGAAAUGCAAACUUACCACUCAGAGGAACGCAUGUCCAAAUAUCGCACGGAAAAGAAAUACGCCGAAGAAACUUGCCUUGAAAAGAAAUCUAAGUCAGAGAAAAAGAUUGAGAAUGAAGUCAUAAGGUCUAAAAAAGAAGAAUCAUUCUUCAGCAGACUGCUCUUGCGAAAGAGUGGAAAAAAAUCAAAAAAAGAUCAGACUGACGGUGAAGGUCAACAGGAGGUUAAAAAGACUAAAAUGGACAAAUCUUCCGCUCAGUAUAAAAGUGUGGAUUCGGAUAAAAGCGGAAUAUCUUACGGAGAAGCUCCGGGAUACAAACCAGUCCCUGCAGAAAGGACGCAUAAGACUGCUGCACAGAAGGUGUUCGCUAAUCAGAUGCAUAAAAGGAUGGACAACAAAGGUGCAUACGUUCAAGACGGUGCAUACAAAGACGUAUACAGUGCUGCCAAAGUGUCUGGAAUGGAAUAUAACAUAACUGAUCUCAAAAUCGCCGAAGAAACUGACAAAAUGUUGAACCAGGAAAUCAAGAGUCGCUUUAGCAGGCGCGAUGAAUUCAGUGAGAAAAUUGAAAGGGCGAAAAGAUCGUCGUCAAAAGAAACCAUUGAUGAUAAGAGGGAAUCUUUCAAUCUACAACAAGAUAGGGCUAAGAGACCAACGUCUGUUCAGAGACUGGUCGAACCAUUCUCGUCAAAAGCAUUUAUUAGUAACGAGCAAGCAGUAAGGGCUCAAGAGGAGAGUAUGUCGCCCACUCUUGUGAUCUCAGACGAUGAACCACCUAUAAGGGCGAUGAGGAUUAGAAAUCAGAAUGACUACGUGUUUCAUAGUGGUAGCAUGCCUAAGAACAUACCGUAUUUCAACCCAAGCAUAGUUGUUUCCGACGCUCCACCGAUCAAGACUAUACGUCACCAAAGUUCUGAAAACGUUAAGCACAUUAACAGGUCGGCAGAGCACAUUUCGGACUUUGAAAAGCAUAAGGUGGAACGGAAACGUGAGUCGAUGCAUCACACUAGCAAAACUGAAGAGUCGUUUGCCACUUCAGGAAUGAGAUCCCUUGGAGAUGAAUAUGUCGAGACUCGAAGCAGCAUUGGCAAGUCUCAUAGUUUUCGUUAUGCUUCAGAAACUACGUCGAUAAGCUCUCAGGAAAGCCAAAUGCCUAGUCUCCCAGCCAUAGUCGGCAUCUCAGAACCUCUGCUAGAAAGUUGGGAAGUUAACUACAGACGAAAUGUCAGUGACAGACAUGACUUCUCUAAGAGAGUAUCCGCUAGAAACUAUAACAUACUGCAUGGCAAUAAUGAUGGCUAUGACAGCCUACCAAGCACAGACAGUAGCUACUUAGAUAGCUUGAAAACUGAACCUGCUGAAGACAGAAAACUGUUUACCAACAGUAUCCACAUAAGUGUUGAUCCUCACAAGAGGGACAGCGAUAUUUCUCAGAUUGAGGCCAAAAUAGAUGAUAUUAUUAGCUCACCUAAGCCUAUUAUUGCUUCAAUACUCAAGUCUAGUUCUUUAGAUAGUGUUAAGAGUAGCCCAGAAAAGCCCAUGGAUGAUAGAAGAAAGACAAUUUCAGUAGAAAGUGCUUUAAGUCACGGUGGUAAGAAUAAUAAUCAGAAAGAUAAACAUGAUGCAGACAAUUUUAUAUCGGUAACACAUAUUAAUAAGGAGCAGAUUCCAGCUAAGAGCACUGAAGCUAUAAAGAAUAAAAGCGAGGAGAAAUUGCAGAAAACUGCUAAGCCAGGAGUCCCAGAAUUCCUGAAUAUACAAUUGAAUAGAGUGGACACAAAGCCGACUACAAAUGUUGUUUUGACUGCAAAUAUUACGCCAAAGAAACUUGACAGUCCACCAGCGGAGAAAGAACAAGAAACUGAGUACUUUAAAGGAACAGAUAGUAAAAUCCAAAGCGUUCAAGUGAAGAAAGAAUCAAUUGUACACAAGUUUGUUGAAAGUGUCAAUGAAAAUACACAGGUUGAAGAGAAAAGUUCUCCGAUUAACAUUAGAAAGUCGGUUCAGCCGAUAGCUCCGUUGAGUCCUUCUACACCUAAAGCAUUUUUCAAAAGAAAGUCUACUAGCGUCGACUUGCAAGAUAAGUAUGAGAAAUCCAGGACUAAUUCUAUGAGCACUGAUGGAAGUAUAGAGAAGAUAUAUGAUAACGUUUCCAUGGAUCAAAAGUCCCAUUCGAGUUUCGGAAGCAAGAGCUCAAUUCAAAGUACAGAUAGCAACGAGAACAGGACCCCUGAUAGGCAAGACGAACCGGUCGUUUAUCGUAAGAAACCCAUAUUGUCUAAGGAAUUGCGUAGUGAUAGGAAAAAUGACGACGAGCCAGAGUUGAUGAAGGUAUUCGCCCGUCGGUCUCUGAAAAUCAAAGAUUGUGAGGUCGACAACAUUGCUCAAGAAAUCGCAGAGGCCAAUAACGCUAAAGAUGAAAACGUUGACAAUGUAACAGCAACAAGGACUAAAAUAUUGAAAAAUGAAUUCAACGCUUCCAUUAAGUCUAGAGACAGCGAUAAAGAAAACGAGGAUACUAAAGAGCAGGAAGAGAAGAGGUUGGUGGAUAUCGCAGCGAGGGUCAGUCAGUUCGGUGUCCCGCAUUAUCAGAGAAGCGUGAGCAUAAAUAGUGUUUCGAACAGUAACAUUUCGAAUCCGAAGCGAGAAAGCGCUCCCGCGUACAGAAGUGAAGUGAACAAAUACAAGAAAGAGGUGUCAGACUCUACUCCCGAGAAAAGACUUCGCAACAGAACAUUCCCUGACCCUUCGAAUGACAGGACUGAGAUUCCGAAUAUAAAGACGGAGGCUAUGGCUUUUAAAGCUGAUACGUUGUCGAAGCGGCCCUGGCAAAAGAAGGAUGACUUUAGGAAGUCAGUGGAAGAGAAGCAGAGUGCUGUGAUAGAGAGGGACGGAGAUAAGGAGAAGGAGGAAGUUGCGAAAGAGAAGGAAGCUGGUGUGGAGGCGGAGGCGUCGCCGCAGUACAAGGGGAUUCUGCAGAUGAGGGCCGAGUGGGAGCGACGGGCGAAGCAAGGCAUGACCAAAUAAAUACUGGUGCUAGGUACAAGAAUGACGGAAGGUACCACGCUGUAUACACCGUAACACAUAAAUAGAUAUUAUUAUUAACUUAGUGAUACAAGUAGCUUAGAAUACGCAGAUAACCGCGAUAUAAUGUUAUUAUUAAAAUAAAAUUUACUAUAGAUGUCUAUCUAACGUUGUUAAGACAAUGUAUUUUUGAGUGUUAUUGCAAUGAAAUAGCGAAUAGUACUAUUUUAUUAAAAAUACUAUAAUGUAUUUAACAUUUCAGAACUGUGAAAUACAAAUUUUAUUCCUAUA